AUGCUGCCAUAUAGAGCGCUGCAGUGCCCGAGCUGCCCGCUCAAGGCGCUGGGUACGGUGGCUUCCAACCUGUCACAGAUUAUGCCGAUGAAGACUCUCAACUUGCAGCAGCAGCAGCUGGGUGGCAACCUGCCGCCAGAGUUUGGCCUGAAUGGUUCCUUCCCAAACCUCAUCAACCUGCUGCUUCAGCAGAACCAAUUCACAGGUGCAAUCCUAGCACUGCAGCAGAACAGGCUGCGUGGGCAGCUUCCGCUGGAGUGGGCCCCCGCCACAGCCUUUACCUCGCUGGAGGAGCUGUACCUGCAGAACAACCUGCUGGAAGGGCGGCUGCCAAGGGGGGACGCCACUUUCAAGCUCCAGUUCCCCAAGAUGCGAAUAGUCGACAUGUCUUUCAACAACUUCACAGGCGACAUGCCGGCUUCGUGGGGAGAGAACAACACGUCCCCUAACUUAGAGCUGAUGUACCUGCGCAACCUGAGCCUGGCUGGCACGCUGCCCCCCAUCUGGGGCAACGGCGGCGGCAUGGACAAGCUGCGCCAGCUGUGGAUUGAUGGCAACGACCUGUCCGGUACCAUCCCGGCAGAGUGGGCCAGCUUCCCCAGCCUGGAGCAGCUGUACGUGCGGCCGGGCAACCUGAAGCUGUGCGGGCCGCUGCCGCCUGGCAUCACAUUCCAGCUGUGCAGCGCCAAUGGCAACAGCGAGUGCAACGAAACCGUGGCGCUGGACGGGCCCACCUGCCCGCCGUGGGUGCCACCGCCGCCGCCGGAGCCCGAGGGCGGCAGCAACACGUCCGCCAUCGUGGGCGGCGUGGUGGGCGGCGUGGCCGGCGGCAUCCUGCUGGCCGCAGGCGUGGUGCUUGUGCUGCGGUGGAACAAGCGGCGCAAGCAGCGCAUGUCGCCGUUCAUUGCCGAGGCACAGGGGCCGGUGGCACCCUCCAAGGACGACCUUUCCAAAUACUCUCGGGUGCUGGAGUCUGUGGAGGGCGGCGGCGACGCGAAGCAUGAGAACAAACUCGCCAGCUGGCCUUCCCGCGUCGCCAGCCGCAUGUCAGGCAUGUUCGGCAGCCCCAGCCAGCCCAUCAGCCAAUCCAGCGGGACGCAGCUGUCGCCCCUGCAGUCGGGCAGCGUCGGCAGCGGGGCCGCUCCCGCUGCGGCGGCUGCCGCCGGCGGCCUGGCCACCUCUGGCAAGCUUCCCUCCCGUGACGGCCUGCUGACGUAUCACAAUGACUCGGUGCUUCUUUCCAGCAUGGACAUGUCAGCAGCGUCUGCCGCCGGGAUGCAGGGCCAGCCCUCCGCCUUUGCGUACAACUACACCGGCAACAUCAGCAGCAUGACCCUUGGCGGCGGCAUGACCCCAAUCCGCGUCAGCGAGGACGUGCGCGGCUCGGUGGAUGCGGCGCUCUGGGGGGUGGGCAUCCAGCAGCUGCCAGACUGGGAGAUCCAGCCCGAAGAGAUUCAGUACAUGAAGCGGGCUGACGGAACGGACUGGGAGCUGGGGUGCGGAGGGUUUGGCAAGGUGUUCAAAGCCAUGCGCAACGGAGCGCAGCCGGUGGCAGUCAAAGUGCUGACGUCUGGCCCCGACACGCGCUACAUGGCCAUGGCCGAGUUCAAGCGUGAGGUUGCCAUCCUCAAGUCGUGCCGCGAUCCAAAUAUAGUCGCCUUUUUGGGCGCGUGCCUGCGGGACGACUGCGCCAUGCUGGUCACAGAGUAUUGCGAGGGCGGCAACCUGGCGCGCAACAUCCUGGCGCACAAGAUUGCCAUCGACAUUGCCAAGGGGCUGGUGUUUCUGCACUCUCGCCGUAUCGUGCACCUCGACCUCAAGUCGCCCAACAUCCUGCUGGCGCGGGACGGUACGGCCAAGAUUGCUGACGUUGGCCUGGCCAAGAUCAUAGCUCAGGAGUAUUCUGCGGUGACGGGCGCUGUGGGCACACUAGCAUGGUCCUCUCCAGAGAUGCUAUUGGGCGCCCGGUGCACCGAGAGGUCGGACAUCUACUCUUAUGGCGAGUAUUGCCCAGUGGUGUAUGUGGUGCCCGAGGAGUGCCCAGAGGAGCUGCGCAAGCUGAUGCUCGACUGCCUGGAGCAGAACCCUCGGCGGCGGCCCUCCGCCACGCAGAUCAUCGACCGGCUGAAGAAGAUCCCUGUGUCACCUGAGGAGCACCAGCCGGCGCUGCCACCCGCCACUCUGCGCCCGGAGACGGCAGCAGAGGCGCGGGCGUCAGCGGGACGGAGAAAGAGGGCGGCCGGCGCCAGCGGGGCGCCAACCCCUGCCGCCAGCGCCUCUGCCUCGCCCAUCAGCGCCUUUGCGGCGGCGGCGGGCGGGCCGCCAGGCACGCCCAUGGCCCGCACCGCCAGCAAUGCCAGCGACGCUGGCAGGCAGGCGGGCGCCCCGCAGCCACAGCGCGGCGGCAGCCCAGCGCCGGUAGCUCCCGCACAGGGCACCUUUGCGGGAGCGCCGCUGGCGCCGGCGGGCUCGCUGCCGACACCGUUUGGCGCCGCCGCUCGCAGGCCCAGCAGUGCCACCGAGGGGCAGCUGCCGGCCUGGGGGAGCGAGGAGGACCUCGCAAGCAGCAGCGCAAACCCCACAGAAGACGCCGGGACGGAACCAGAGGGGGCCAGCAGGAGCCUGAGCCUGAGCCGGGAUCCAAGCCUGGUGGCCCCACCGGGCCGCACCGCAAGUGGCGCGCUGGCACGGGCGGGGUCCGGCCUGCCGCCCAGGCCCAGCCCCUUUGCUAGCAGCAAGCUUGCGGCGCACACCCCGCCUUCACCUUCUCCCUAG